CUCUGACCUCAUCUACGACUUUCCCGGUCUCUGGCGCAUGCAAACAAUCAUUUGCGGUUUGCAUGCAGCGGCGCCCAGCAACACUGCAAAGCUUCGGCGCUGUGGCGACACGAGAGACCAGCAGAAGAAGGAGCUCUCUGGCAAGUCUGUGGGAGCGUCUCGGCUUUCUCAUGCCGCUCACGCUCGUCCUGUCUCUUCUCCACUUGCCUCUCUUUCUCUUCUUCUUGUCGUUUCAGACCGUGCACUGCGUCAAAGACCACAGUCUCUUUUUCUCCCAAAGUCUCCUGAGGCAGACUCCCUUCCGUUUUUAUCUCCUUGACUCCAAGGCGUUUCACUCGGAUUCAAAGGAACCGACUAAGAGGACCCCCACCGACGCCUUCCUCCUCUUUCUCAGUUCCUCCGCGACAACUUUUUCCUCGACAAUUUGUUCAAGAAUAGCUCGCCAGACUAAGAGCCGCAAGACGCAUCACUUUCUUGCUCGAGCAUCGGACUUCCAGGACGCCAAAUUGCUCUUGCCCCCCCCCUCCCCUCCCUCCGAAACGCAGAACUAAAGUUGUCUCUUGACCCCCCAAGGACGCCCCUCAGCGAGACGAAGGAAGUGACAAGUCAGCGGGGAGGAGAUACGCCGCGACGAAGGGCGCCCACGGUGCAGAAGGCGAAGGAGACAGGAGACAAAAGAGCAGCUGCGGAGGCCAUGCAGCGCGGAACACAGCAGAGCAGCUGCUGCCGCAUGUUCAUCGGAC